AUGGCAAGUGUUGAUUAUACAGCCAGUGAUGAUUAUUUUACUAAGUGUUUGCUUCACAAAGCUUUUAAAAUCAUGGUCAUUCCUAAGUUUGUACUGACAUGUGAUCCACUUUGGUAUUUUGUUGUUGUCAUCAUGCAGCAGACGCCUCCUCACCAAUACGAUCCCAUAUCCGUCAUGAGCAGCCUAAUUUCCGCGCUAGUCACAAUUGCCGCCAACCUACUUAGUAAUCAACUUCCCGAUUUGGAAAAUUCAAUGGAAGGCAAAGAUGAGUUCUAUUCGACCCGAUUGACAGAAUUUCGAAAAGUCUUGACAUUUCUUUAUGAUCAUUUGAACAUGCCUUUAAAAGGUAUCAUACGAGGUCUUAACCACGCAGUCAAGGUCGGCAAGCCUGCAACACCGUUACAAGAGCAAUUGCAUGCCCGGCGCGAGCGAGAACAAGCUCACACAGCAACAUCGACUGCGGCCAUCAGGGCAAUGCUUGAUGAAGGUCAACAUCAGCCAUUACGUGAUGAAGUCAUGGAGCCAGCACACCUUAUGCACGAGUUAGACGCACCUGAUGACGGAGAUGACUAUCCAGGUGCAGAACCGGAGGAUCUCAAUCAAUUUAUGCCACCACCAUUUGAAGUAGAACUGGAGGUGGUUAACCCAGUCCAAGCACGAUUGCGUAGGGAACAGCAUUUAGCUGAUUGUUUGGCACACGAGAACAAGUGGAGCUGGCAGUAUGCAAUAAUGCUGCCUACAUUUCUUCGAUGCAAGAUGGCGACCUCAAAUUGGGGAAAUGAAGAUCUAUGGAAGAAUGACUUACGUCCGCCCUGCACCUGUGCGAUGCAGACCGAACGUGAUGUAGACCUGUGGGUCAGAUAUGCCGUUCCCACGAAGUCUUUUUGUGAAGGUUUAGACGAAUCACUUGAUAGUCACAACCCCGUCAUCUUAACGAGCAAAGGAAAAAUCUUCCUUGACCCCAAAAUCGCCGAAGCGAAGGCUCGAUUUCUAGAGAAUGGCCCCCCAAUUGACUGGCAAAACAAUUGUACAGUUAAGAACAUGAUUGGCAGCACCCAAAAAUUUCAGGGUGAGCUACAGGAAGCCCAGGCGUCUCUCGCGAGAUUUGAACAAGCGAACCGGGCACAUACAAGGCAAUAUUUUCAAGAGCAGUGGGACCGUCAGCGAGCUUUGCAGCUGAAUGCUAUUAAUAUCAGGUCGAAGGAAAAGCGUGCGCGACUCGAGGUACUCUUAAAGCUAGAAGAGGAUCUUUUGGAAGCUCGUCAGCAAAUGAGGGAUUUAGAUGCAGCCCAUGUCCCUGUGCGAACCGCUGAGCAACGUAAUGCUCUGCUCGCGCUCCCGAGGACCCUGGUCGAUCUUGAACAGAAGAUUCAAGAGGUCGCUGAUGAAGUUGGUAAUACCGAGUUACUAAACAUUCGCCGACACGUUCGGCAACGUGGAAUUGAUCAGAUUAAGGCUGUCCUGACUGUGCAGGUCACUUUGGGUUUUUUGUAUGAGGCCAAAUUUGGUGCUUAUCAACAACAAGUGGAUGCUGGAAGGCGGACUGUCAGGCAGAUGAUUGGAUGGGGCCUUGACUAUGAAGGACGCAUGGAAAGGACCAAGCCAAAUGAGGCUGAUGCCCGAGUGGUAGAGUGGAACUCUAUCCACUCUAGUCUGGCCAAACGAACCUGUCGCCUAUGGAAGCAAUGGGAUCAUGGAUUACUCGAUGUCUUCCAUGCGACCAAGCAGUAUGUCGAAGGAAGUGCAGAAAAUGAUGGAGAACUUAUAGAUCGGUGGGAACAAAUGGUCAGUCGAACCACACAAACUUGGCAUGAAGUCCUAGGGGUACCCAUAUUUUGGACAGACGAGGACGAUGAGGACGCUCGUGCAGAGGCAGAGGAGGAGAUGGAUUGGGUAUGGCAUAGAGAGCAUUUGGAGUAUUGGUAG